CCGGAAGUGACGUCCCCGCACCGCAAUGGAAGCGUACAUCCUCGCCACGCGUGCCUUGUGAAAACAUUGAACACAAUUUUUUGCUUGUUAUCAACAUUAAUAACAACCUUCAGAAAAAUGUCUGGGCGACAAAACAACAAGCUGCCAAACAAUUUGCCGCAACUUCAGAAUCUCAUCAAAAGAGACCCGCAAUCGUACGUAGAGGAGUUUUUACAGCAGUACCGACACUACCAAUCUAAUGUGCAGAUCUUCAAACUGCAGCCGGAUAAACCCAACAAGGAGCUGGCAGACCUUGUUAUGUUUCUGGCUCAGGUUGCCCACUGUUACUUGCAGCAUUUGUCUACUUUCCCCCGAGAGCUGACGGAGUUAUUGUUGAGUCAUCAUACAAUAGUGGACCCUGCUUUAAGAAUGACUUUCUGCAAGGCCUUAAUUCUUUUAAGAAACAAGGACCUGAUUGACCCCACUGGCCUGCUGGAGCUCUUCUUUGAGCUUCUGCGAUGUCACGACAAGCUGCUCAGAAAGACUUUGUACACGCACAUCGUAGCCGACAUCAAAAACAUCAACGCCAAGCACAAAAACAACAAAGUCAACACUUCGCUACAGAACUUUAUGUACACCAUGCUGAGAGACCGGAACUCUACCGCCGCCAAGAUAUCGCUGGAUGUCAUGGUGGAGUUGUACAAAAGGAACAUUUGGAACGACGCCAAGACGGUGAACGUCAUUACGACAGCGUGCUUCUCCAAAGAGGCCAAGAUCCUUGUGGCGGCGCUUAAGUUUUUCCUGGGAACAGACGAAGAAGAAAACGAAGGAAGUGAUUCCGAAUCAGAGCAGGCGCAAGGACCAUCAGCGCGUGACUUAAUGACAAGAUUUUCCACGGGCAAGAAAACUACCAAAAACAAGAAAAAGCUAGAAAAAGCCAUGAAAGUCCUCAAGAAACACAAGAAAAAGAACAAAGUGGAAGUGUUCAACUUUUCUGCCAUUCACCUCAUACACGAUCCUCAAGACUUCUCAGAGAAGCUCCUGAAGCAGUUGGAAACCUCUAAAGAACGCUUUGAGGUGAAAAUCAUGAUGAUGGAGCUCAUAUCAAGACUGGUGGGAAUCCAUGAGCUCUUCCUCUUCAAUUAUUAUCCCUUCGUCCAGAGGUUUCUACAGCCCCAUCAAAGAGAGGUGACAAAGAUCCUCCUGUGUGCAGCCCAGGCUUCCCAUCACCUCGUUCCUCCUGAGAUUAUCGAGUCGGUGAUCGGGACAAUCGCCAACAACUUUGUGACGGACCGAAACUCUGGCGAGGCCGUGACUGUUGGGAUCAAUGCCAUUAAAGAGGUGGCAGCUCGCUGUCCGCUGGCUAUCACUGAGGAUCUGCUGCACGACCUGGCCUUGUACAAGACACACAAAGACAAGAAUGUGAUGAUGUCUGCCAGGAGCCUCAUCCAGCUCUUUAGGAAUCUCAACCCAAAGAUACUGCACAAGAAGGACAGGGGAAGACCCACAGAGGCGUCAAUGGAAGCUAAAGUGAAGGACUAUGGUGAGCUUGGAGCUGUAAGCUACAUUCCCGGAGCAGAAGUGCUGGAAGUGGAGGAGGAAGUCAAGGACGGGGAGGCAGAGGAAGACGGCUGGGAGAACGCCAGUAUCAGUGAUGAUGGCGAAGAUGGGGAGUGGGUGGAUGUUUACCACUCAUCUGAUGAAGAUACAGGAGAAGUGGCGGAGAAGCUGAAGAGCGUGCCUGUGGAGGAGCGGGAAGCCAAGGCGGCGGCGGUUAGCAGUAGCAGGCUUCUCACGCAGGACGACUUCAAAAAGAUCCGACUGGCACAAAUGGCCAAGGAGGUCAACGCUGCGCCGGGGAAAGGGACAAAGAGGAAAGCAGCGGACAGUGAUGAAGAAGAAUACAGGGGAGAGUUGCUGACCUUAAGAGAUAUUGAGAAGCUCCACAAGAAACCAAAAGCAAACAAGGAGACGCGAUUGGCAACAGCAAUGGCGGGCCGAACAGACCGGAAGGAGUUUGUGAGGAAAAAGACCAAAUUGAACCCUCACGCCAGCACCACCAACAAGGAAAAGAGGCGUACGAAGAACUUCAUGAUGAUGAGACACAGCCAGAGCGUCCGUACUAAAGGCAAGCGCUCCUUCAGAGAGAAACAGAUUGCCCUUCGGGAUGCACUCCUCAAAAAGAAGAAGAUGCAGUAAUAUAGAUAGGACUUGUGUAUGUCUGACUGCAUCAUCAUGUGUAUAUCCCUUCAACAUUAUUGUGUUAUUUCCAACAAAGCAGCUGCAUACAGCUUUCUUAACCCUUGUGUGGUGUUCGGGUCUGUGGGUCCCGUUUUCAUUUUUUAUUAAAAGAAAAAUGAUACAAUUAAUUAAUUUUUCAAACUGAGACUCACUGACUUUGGCUCAUUUUCUGUGAAGAACAUAAAUCAGAAUAUAUACUGUAUUUAAUGACCACACACACCAUACACCCCCCCUACACAUUUCUAUUACAUAUAAGAUGUCCGGGGUCCACUGGACCCGGGGCUAAUAGAAGUGUGGAAAUUGAUGAUCUGUGUACCACACGCAACCACCCACCCACACACACACACACAUACACAGCAGGCCUAGACAGGAGAAGGACAGUGUGUAGGUACACAGAACGUCAGAGGGUCAAAUGUGUGAGAAAAUGAGAGCAGACAGUGUUGACAAACAAUGUUGCAACCUUGUGUGGGAACCGCAGGUGUAGAAACACAAAAGAAGAAUUUCUGUGGAAUGCAGAAACUGAACAGAUGUUGGGAUAAGGUAAACAUCUGUUCAGUAUUUUAACAUAAAAGUGUUUGAUUGUGAGGCGUUAAAAGCUACAAAAUUCAACGGGUCCAUCAGACCCACAAAGGCUGGCUGAGUAACAACAAUAUGAAUAUUACACAAGGGUUA